AUGGACUACGACAGACCUUUGCAAGCAGAAAACAUGAUAGAGAUAGGGAUAGCUAUGCACCGCCCGAGUGAACCAAAAGGCGUGAUCUUCUACAAUCCUGGUGGUACUGAUGCAGGCAUCGUGCUUGCAUGGCAGAUCGCUCUCGACCAGACAAAGAUUUUUGAGGGAUUGUUGGAUCACGACUUACUUUUCAUGGAUGUACGUGGGACGUAUAGCUCGAACCCUCUCAACGUGUCGCUGGACUUGUUCCAAACGCUCUUUGGCCCAUAUCCAACGACCCCAAAUGAGUAUACGGUCUUUCAGGAAGCCUCCGCAAUAGUUGUGCAAUCUUGGAUCGAUCUGAGCUCACCUCCUGGUAUUAUCGCUCAUGUUUCAACCAGAGAAGUUGUGAACGACUAUGAGAUGGUGCGGAAAGCGCUCGGGUAUGCGAAGAUCAACUUUCUGGGCGCUUCAUACGGAUCGUUUCGAGCACAGCAGUAUGCGUUCAAUUUUCCAGAUCAAGUUGGGCACUUUGUCCUUGACGCCGUGACGCCACAUGCAUUGAGCCUUUCUGAAUCCGCGCUGGAUUCUAUAGCGGCAAGCAACCGCGCUCUCGAACGCGCGGACGCCUACUGUCAAAGCGAUGUUCAAUGUCCAUUUCACACACAAGAGCGUGGCAGCCUCAUCAAGGCCUUUCACACCCUCGUCAGAAUCGCAGAGAACGUGUCUAGUCUCGAGUCAGUUGGUGUAAGACAGACAGUAUCUGCAGCCUUGCUGGAAGGACCAAGUGGUCUACCCGAUUUCUUGGCAAUUUCGUUAGGGCUACAUGAUGCAUUGUCUGGAAACUUCUCCUUCUUUGAGAGCUCCACAUCGCUGACUGUCGCUGAUGUGGUGGCAAUGCCCUUGGAAUGUAGUGAUCAAAGUGAAAGCGGACUGACAUUCGAGAGCUUCAAUCUAUCACUAGCUGAAGGGUUAAGGCAUGAUACAAGCGGCAUAGGUAUGGCCUUUGCGUGGCAGAUACAGCUCUGGUGCUCCGCAUGGCCCUACAGUUUCAGCGAAAAGACGCCACUGCUAGUCCAAAAGUCAAUGCUACUUGUAACGUCUGACUUCGAUGAUGGAUCACCUACAGAAUGGACAACAUUUGGAUGGCGACAAGCGCCAAAAUCAGGCCUGGUUGUACGUCAUGGUGAUGGUCACGUCUCUUUCAAUCUUGCCGAUGCACCGUCUAACAACUUGACCAAAUCCUUCCUUCGCACUGGUAUACUUCCUAGUACCUCCGAUGACUUCUCUGUUACAGUCUACCCACCGGGUGGAGUACGUGAGCCGAUCUCUGAUCCCUACCAGGUGCCGUUUAGAGUUUAG